CCCUCCACAUUUGAUUCCAUAUCACUCUCACAUUUCUCACCUAAUCAUAUCCAAUACUCAAAACCGAAUAAACCAACCUCUUUCCUAAACAAAAACAAAAACAAAAAUGUAUACUAUAACAUCAAACUCCAAAUAUUCUAUGAUCUCAAUAUUAUCCAUACUCAGCUUAUUAUUCUCCCUCCAAGGAACUCAUGGAGACUACGGAGGUUGGCAAAGUGGUCACGCCACGUUCUACGGUGGCGGAGACGCUUCCGGGACCAUGGGUGGAGCUUGUGGCUAUGGGAAUCUGUAUAGCCAAGGUUACGGGACUAACACGGCAGCUUUAAGUACGGCUCUGUUCAACAACGGACUCACGUGCGGUGCGUGCUACGAGAUGAAGUGCAACGAUGACCCGAGAUGGUGUCUCGGUUCCACUAUCACCGUCACGGCUACAAACUUUUGUCCACCGAACUUUGGUCUCUCCAACGACAACGGUGGAUGGUGCAAUCCUCCUCUUCAACACUUCGACCUAGCCGAGCCAGUUUUUCUCCAAAUCGCUCAGUACCGCGCCGGCAUUGUCCCUGUCUCUUUCCGAAGAGUACCGUGUAUGAAGAAAGGAGGGAUAAGGUUUACCAUCAACGGACACUCCUACUUCAACCUCGUUCUUAUCUCAAACGUAGGAGGAGCAGGCGACGUCCAUGCCGUCUCGAUCAGAGGCUCAAAAACAGGCUCCUGGCAAGCAAUGUCUAGAAACUGGGGCCAAAACUGGCAGAGCAACUCUUACCUCAACGGCCAGAGCCUCUCGUUCCAGGUCACCACCAGCGAUGGUAGAACCGUCGUUAGCAAUAACGUGGCUCCUUCUAACUGGCAGUUCGGACAAACCUUCCAAGGUGGUCAGUUCUGAGUCCACACAUCAUGCUCGUUUUGGGGGUGCUGGUGUGGCUGCGUAUUGCUGAGGUGGCUCGUAAACACCCACUAGACCUAGCCCUCUUCUCUUUUUUUUUUGUGUGUCUCUUAUUUACGAGAUGUUGCUUACAAUGAUUGUAUUUGUCGUGCCUGCAAGGAAGCAAGUUGAAAUUAAUAAAUCAA